GCACUAUAUAUACCCCUCUCAAGCUGGUCAUCUCCUCACUAAGCAGCACAAAAACCAGCUCUCAUUUGCCCAACACAUUCAUUCUCUGAUACCAUCAACUUUUUCUCUCUGCUCAUUCCUUCAAGCUUGCUUUUUCAUUUCCAGAUGGCCACUGUUGAGGUUGCACCAGCUACAACAUUGCCUGAGGAUAAGGCACCUGAGGUGACAAAGACCGAGGAAGCACCCGCGGAAGAAGUGGACUCCCCGGUCGCAACCGAGCAAGCCGUGGUCGAUGGCCCGGCUGCCGAGGAGCCAAUUCCCACAGAAGAGUCCAAGACGCCGGCGGAAGGCGAAACCAAGGAAGUUGUGGAGGAAACCAAGGCUGAAGAGCCAACAGAGCCAGCUGCUGCUGAGCAGACCACCAGGGAAUUGGAUGUCACCGAGCCACCGGCUGCGUCUUCCGAGGUGGAAGCGCCUGCUGCUCCUGCCGAGGUGGAAGCGCCGGCCUCUCCAGCCGAGGAGGGCGCACCAGCCGCUCCUGCUGAGGAGGACGCGCCAGUAGCUCCUGCUGAAGAGGACGCGCCCGCUGCACCUGCCAAGGAGGACGCUCCUGCUGCUCCGGCCAAGGACGCCGCUCCUGCCGAGGAGGUUGCGCCAGCUGCUCCUGCUGAAGAGGACGCCCCUGCUGCGACGGCCGAGGCAGAAGCACGGGCGGCCGCGCAGUAAGAAUGAUCUGGCACUCAAGUUGCAUUUGAGGAAGUUGAGUAGAUAUCAUCACUAUUAUUCAAGAAGGGAGAGAGAGAUAAGUGAAUGUGGUGGUGUUUUCGCUCUUUUAGUUAUGAUGGGGUUCUUGAGUUUCUAGGUUUGCAUGUCUAAGUUGGUAAGGUUUUGCUCAUUAUGUUUUUCUUGGUUUAGCUUCUUCCUAUGUUUAAAUAUGGACCAGACGAGGUUGUGGUACUUAUGGUUGUUUGAUCGGGUCUAGAAUCAGAAAAUGCCCACGUGGAGCCACGUCAGCGUCUACCUCUGCCGCAAGAAGGCUGUUCAUUGAUUUAUUUGAGGCGACGGGUGUUUUUUUGGGGGUUGAUGGUUGGAGGAUUGCAGUGAAGGGAGAUUGCGAUGUUGGUGCUCCAAGAGGGUUCAUAUGGUUACUAGCGAUGUGUGAUGAGAUAUGAAUAAUGAAAAUUUGCUAUUUCUUCUUCUUCUUCUU